AUGACCAGGAAUAUUGAAAAACUCAAGGAUGCUUUAUCACUAAUAUCAAAUUUAAGAAAAUUUGUGAUUUUAAAGUUCACAUCAGAAGUGUUAAAUGUUAUCCUGGUAAAUGGAGGGUCAGUACUGUCGGAACCACAAGUUUGGUGUAAAAUACCGAUAUCACGACUAUUUGAAACUAUUGAAAUUCAAAGCAUGAGAGAUAACACGAUUCUGAUGGAAAUAAAUGUAGAUUUGCUACUACAAACUUUAAAAAAUUUUGACAAGGCUAAUAGUGAAGGCUUGAACAUUAGACUACAAAGAAAUGAAACGAGUGGUGAACCUGGUGCUGUUGCAAAAUCAGGAAGGACGGCCUCUUUGGCAUUAUUUUACUCCAACAUUAAUAUCAAUUCAAAUAUCAUAAAUCAUACUUUUCGAAUACCUGUGAAGAUUUUGAGAGAAGCUCAAGAUAUGCUAAGUGAACCUACUCAUUCUGAUAUGGGAUUAAUCAUGAGACUACCGAACGAAUUUAUUACAAUGUUUAAAAGAUUAGACAAAUUCAGAAAAACUCAAAAUGACACCGUUCUUAUUCAAGCUAGCAAGAGUAAAGGGUUACUGUUUGUAUUGGAGGAGGAAGGGAAGUUUAAAGUUACAAUAAGUUGGAAUAAUAAGCUUGAAGUUCAUAAACCUAAUAAUUCGGAUGCAGAUUCACUAAGAGAGUCAUUACGAACAGCAGAAGGCUUAUCAGAUGCAAGUCAGGUCAAUACUGAUGUCUAUCCAGAUGAUAUAGAGUCAAACGUUAAAUUAAAGGAUUGGCAGCUGGCUUCCAAGAUAGUUGGAAGAUGUAAGACUGUUAUCCUAUAUAUUGCUGAAAGAGAAUGCAGUUUACAUUGCUUGUUGGAUGAGACAGAAGACGUCGAACUAGUAUAUUUUAUAAAUAGUGUUAGAAUAGUAUAA